AUGUGGUCUCUUGGCUUUCCAGGCUCUGGUCUGGGUAGCACAAACCGACCACAGAACUUCGCUUCAGGGAAGAGCUGGGCAACAGAGGCAAAGCGUGAUCAAGACUCCUCUGCUGAUAUCACUCACGAGCGCACCCGUGAGGAGGGAGAAGCGCAACAUUAUGCUCCUCUACCAUCGGCAUCAUCAUACCAAUAUCGUUACUCGAACCCGGCCGCUUCUUCUCCUCGACCAUUAUCCAACAAAGAAUUCAAUUUUCCAAGGAAAGUGAUUGUGAUGGAUAGUGAAACUAUAGCUGAACAGAUCCCUUUAUUGGAAGGAGAGACUGACAAUUACGAUGGUGUUACUGUAACCAUGAAGGACCCCAUGGAUGCUCAGGUUUUCACCGAUAGCCUAAAGGCUUCCCUUUCCCAUUGGAAAGAGCAGGGGAAGAAGGGAAUAUGGAUAAAGCUGCCUCUUAACUGUGCUAAUCUUGUAGAGGCUGCAGUUAGUGAAGGGUUUAGGUAUCACCACGCGGAGCCUGAUUACUUGAUGCUUGUAACUUGGAUCUCUCAGACUCCUGAUACAAUCCCAGCCAAUGCUUCUCAUAUCGUUGGCAUCGGUGCUUUGGUCUUCAACAACACGACUGGAGAGGUCCUCGUUGUCCAGGAAAGGACUGGUUAUUUCAAAGAUAAAAAUGUGUGGAAGCUACCUACCGGUGUUGUCGACGAGGGUGAGGAUAUUUGCACUGCAGUAGCUAGGGAAGUCAAAGAAGAAACUGGUAUUACUGCAGAUUUUGUGGAAGUGUUGGCUUUCAGGCAAAGCCAGAAAGCAUUCUUAAAUCAGAAAACCGAUUUGUUUUUCCUAUGUUUCUUAACUCCACGCUCCUACGAAAUCACCGAGCAAACAUCUGAGAUCUUGGAUGCUAAGUGGAUGCCGAUAAAAGAGUAUGUAGACCAAGCAUGGAACAAGAAGAACGAGAUGUUCAAAUUCAUGGCUAACAUCUGCCAGAAGAAGUGUGAGGAAGAAUACUUGGGAUUCUCCGCUGUGGAAACUAAGACAACAUCUGGUAAGAAGAGCUUUAUCUACUGCAAUGCUGAUCAUGCGGAUCAUCUUGUAGCAAUGCGUGACCAAGCCGCCUCCUCCUCCUCCUCCUCCACCUCCACUUUUCAAUGA